GACUGGGACCGACUGUAGCGCAUAGGCUAUUGCAAGUCAGCUGUGAGCUUGUCGAGACGUGGACCGUUCGUACCAGAACUUUUCUCUUUGUUUCACCUGCAGCAAGCUAGACGAUGACUUUGCCGGAAUUAAUGAAAGAUUCGUCACUGCAAGCAAAACCGAAAAAGAUGAACGUUGGCGCCGCUUUAAGGGAGAGUAUCUGGCAGGCAAUGGAAGGCAACCGAUUGACUUCCGGCCUUUUCGAAUGUGCCAAACUUUUGAAAUGUAACCCUGACAACGUGAUGCUGUGUGUCCUACCAGAAGUAAGUGGGCAGCAUGACGUCACUGUAGACAUUCAGCACACACUCAUCGAAGCUUUCUGUUGGGAGAAUGAGAUCAAACUGUUAAAGGUCGAGAAGCAGAGCUCCCUUGGACAUGUCCUUGAAGGAAGGGGAGAUAAGAAGGAGACUGACACCGGAAACAUUGCCACCUCCAUCGUUAACAACAACACCGGGGUAGAUUCAAGCUGCGUCCUCUUAGAGUAUCCGAAGAAUGGUCUCAGUUCAAAUGAUGAGGACGUGAUAGAGUUCCACAACAGUGUCAUGCUAAGCGACACCUAUCCUAAACCUGUUAUAGAAUUCCCGGAAUGAUAUGAGCUCCGUACAGCGAUAUCCAAAUGGACCCAGAUCGUUGGCAUGAAGCCACAUUGAAACCAUCAUCUCACAGAAAUCAGCUACCAGCGAUUUCCAGAGCAGACGACAGUUGCAUGAUGGGAAGGAAGGAUCCAUCGCGCACGCGAUGGAGACGAAGAAACAGACGACAUUCCGGUCAAGGUCACACAGAAUACCGGUGGCAUGGCGCUGUCCUGUUGGUGCGGAUUCACUCUCUAAUCGGAUUUGUGGACAAUUAGAUAUGAUUGCAGACAGGCUCUCACUCAUCUAAUAUAUAAAUAACAUCACCUUUCAUCGAUACAAGGUUCACUAUGUAACGAGCAUGCUUACUUUAAUGAAGGCAGUUCCCCCACAUGCGUGUGGCAAGUGGAAAUGAUUGAUCUUAACGUUUUUUCGUGUUGAGAAUAUAAUAAACAUUUUGAAAAAUAA